AUGCAAGGGUUUAGCAAGUUUACCUACCGCCAGCGUGCAGAAGUGGUGCUAGCAGCCGUCAGGCUUUACGGCUUGCUGUUGAGAGUCUUGGAGCGGAUUCGAGAUUCACCCGAUGAUGCCAAACUGCGUUCGAUCAGCGCCACUGCCAAAAGCCUCCGCUCAGAUGUCCUUGAAGUGGACGGGGGCCCAGAGCUGCUGCAGUGGGCCGGCUUCCAGCCAGUUGGCGACCGUUUCCAGGCCGAUGCAGCGGCCCUCGGGCCGGAGCUCGCUGCCUCUCGCCAUGCGGAGCUUCAGGCGCAUGCUCUGCAGGAGCGUGACGCCAACUUCCGCCGCGAGCGCGAUGCCCGCAUUGAGGCAGAACGCCAAAGGCGUUUGCCCACCGGGGACACAGGGCCACCAUUAAGACGCUGGGGAGGUAGACUUCCCAGAUUCGGGAGAGGGGCCCGCAGCUUCGCAAACUGCGGCCUUCAGUGCUCCAAGAUUUCCACUCGAAUAGAGCUUCAAGCCGACCCGGACAAUCCGCGAGGAUUAAAGCCUUUGGAUGUGUCAUGCAUGCUGGAGGAGGGGGCAAAGCAAAAUGGCACGACUUACGAGCUAUAUGCCGUGGUGCAGCAUUUGGGCGCCACCCCCUUCUGUGGCCACUACGUCGCGUACUGCUGGCAUCCGCCAUCGUGCUCUUGGUGGUGUUUUGACGAUUCUAGCGUCCGGCGAGUGGACGCGAGCAGGAUUGGAGAUGAGGCACUCAAUGAUGGUGCAUACGUCCUCUUCCUGGAGAAAAGCAAGAUGCAUGAAGAAGCGACCGCUGUUUCUUGA